AUGGCUCCGAUCUCCGUUCCGAUCACGUCCAGGCUGCCGUCAUCCCUGCGCAUUGCCGCGGACAACGCUACUGUGACGCGUGUGCUGGGCCGCCUUUCGCGGCCGGCGCUGCUGUCGCUGGCACUGGACUGGCUCGACGAAGGCAACCAAAGCUUGACGGCACCCUAUUUGCGAAACCGGAAUCCCAAUGGAGACGAUGGCGACGACGACGACGACGACGGCGACAUUGAUGAUGAUGGGGACUUUUACCCGCCGGCAGCCUCGCUCGAGGCACUCCGAGACCACUACACCGACCUACAGGCGCGCAGGGGCUCGAAACGCGAGGUGCUCGACCGCAUCUUGGAGGGCGACUGGCGGCAUGGCCUCAGUUUAUACCAGCUGGCCAUGGCUGACCUGCAGCACCUCUACGACCACCCGACGAGCCAAAAGUGGACGGCCUUUCAGGUGGUGCCGUUGACGGCCAAGGCCGAGGCCGGCGGGGCCGGCACCGGCAACACGAACAACACCGACACCACCAACAGCGAGGCAUCCGCCGUCGUCGACAAGGCCUCGCUCGUCGUGCCGCGCUUCCACCCGUCGUCCUUCCUGCGGAACCUGCAGGCCCAGAUCUUGCCCGACAUCAAGGUGCACUACAACUUUGACCGGCACAGGCACCUGCCACUGUUGCUGCUCCGCAUUUUCAUUCUCGACUCGCCCUACAACACGUCGCUGGCCGCAGCAGGGCCAUCGACCGGCCAUGGCGAGAGCCGCCCCGCCACUGUCGAGGCCUCCCGCACCGUCUAUGUGGCCUUUCCCGACGCGUCGCCGUUUGUCUACCUCUCCAGCGCCCAGUCGUCGGCGGGCGAGCGCGCGCCGGGUGCCCCGGCCGUCGGGGUCAGCGGCAGCGCCGCGUCCCUGCGCAGCCUCGUUGUCGAGGCCAUCCCCAAAGCGUUGUCCCAGCCGCGCGAGCGCUACGCGCUGAAGCCCACCAACCUGGCCACACGCAACCUGGCCGAGCUGCUGCAGCGCCGCGGCGCCGGGCGCACCAACACGGCCGGCGGCGGCUGGGGCAUCUAUGCAGACGAGAAAACGACGAUUGAGUCGCCCCUGAGCACGGCGCUGCCAGAAUCGGUCGCAUCGCGGCUGGAGGGGACGCGAGGCCGUGGCAAGAGCGCCAGCAGCAGCAGAAGCACAGCCACCGUGGUGGGUCGCACCAAGCGACCGCUCUCCCCCGGAACGCAGCGCAGUCGGCAGGAGGCGAAGCGACGGAAGCUCGUUGCGGCGGCCCGGUUUGGCCUGUCGGCAAAGAUGGGCGACGGCUGCGGCGUCGAACGUGUCGAUAUCGUCAUGCAAGACCCGUUUCCAGGCGGACGACGUUUCGACCGGAAAGAGCGAGGCGAGACAGGCGGCGAGCCAGUAGUGGAUGUGGAUGCAGAUGCCCCACCACCACCACCGCCAAUGGCAGACCGGCGUCGAUCCAAGGGCGGUAGACGCAGUCAGAUUGAUGCGGUCUUGGCUCGAGACGAGGAGGAGGCCGAAGAAAACGAGGCGAAAGAGCGAGACGAAGCAAGACGAGCGGCUGGCGAGGACCAGGAUCAGGAUCAGGAUGAAGAGGGGGAUAAUGAAGGAGACUCGAGUGAGUCAACGUGGCGACCACGCGUGGCGUUCACCUUCCAUGGACCACAUGUCUUUGCUGGUAUCAGGCAGUUGGUGGAAGCGGGAGUCAUUGAUGGUGAGAAAAUGCCGGGCUGGAUGACGGGCGAGGAGGGCGUCACGGUGGGUGCGGUGCGGCACGGUCGCAUACGUGGGCACAAGGGCUCGGGAAUGCCCUGA